AUGCUUGAACAAAAAUCAUUUGAAUCCAAGAAUGUUGAUGUAGGACACAAAAACGUAGAAACUAACGGAAAUUUAGGGACUUCAUUCCUAUAUUCCAUGAAAUCUAAAGAACCUAGUAUCUCAACUGCACCUAUUAUAUCACCAAGAAAACAGACCUUUGAGAUAGAAAAUAAAAUAAAUUCGACAAAUAAAGUUCUAGUUCAUUAUCACCAGAAUUUGGAGAAAGCAAAUGAUUUGGAAAAUCAUAACAAAUUAAUAUUAACUGCAGAUUCAACUGAUUUCACUAGUUGA